AUGGAGGCCACCGUCACCGCAUGCGCUGGGUUUAGGGUCCCGGCAAGAUGCGUGGCGGGUGCCGAGGCCUCCACGUCGCGACGGGCGGGGGAGGUCACCAAGCGGUCACGCGGCGAUCGUGUCACCUUCCGGGCGGCCGGAUCUUCGCCACGGCUGGUUCUUCGCCGCGGAUCGAGGCGCGGGGACGUGUCGGCUUUCGCGCUGAAGCGCGCGGGGCCCACCACCCCGAAGCCGACCUACAACGACGGGCCCGUCGAUCGCGAGCUUCUGCGCGCGUUCCACGCCCGCGUCGCGUCGGAGCUCGGCGAGGACCCGUCGGCGGUGACCGGCGACUACGACGCCACCAUGCGCGCAUGCGUGCGUUUGGUCUCCAGCGCGCGAACCCCCGACCAAGCGCAGGCUAGGGGCGAGCGCGUCCUGCGAAGCCUCCUUCCGCGAUGGUUCCCUGGUUUUUUCAGGUUGUUCAUAGCUCUUUUCCCGCGGUGGUUUGUCGCCAGGCACGCCGCGGCGGUGACGCCCAUGAUCUUGCCGUGGCUCGUGGGUCCCGCCAGAGUCAUCGACGCGCCCGAUGACCUGCCCGUGGACGACAGAGAUCGUCCCCCGGCCAACGCGUUGGAUUCGUUGCUCACGUCUACGUCUUUUCUGUCUUCAAACGUUGGCGGCGGCGACGGCGGCGAGGACGCGAAGGGACAGGCGCCCGGUUACAGGCAGGGCGUCCUGUUGGAGCGGUGUAGGGUGCUGGAGGAGGGCGGCUGCGCGAGCGUGUGCCUCAACGUGUGCAAGGUUCCCACUCAGAACUUCUUCAGCGACGUCGGCCUCGACGUGGAGCUGCGACCCGAUUACGAAACCUUCGAGUGCAGGUUCGUGUACGGGAAGAAGCCGCCCCCCGCCGGCGAGGACCCCGCGUUCGACACCCCUUGCUUCGCGCAGUGUUCGAUUUCGAAGUCGCGAGGGGGGGGCGCGGGUGCGACCGACGCGACGCUGCCGAGAUGGGCGGUCGACGGGAUCGACACGGUUGACGGGGUCGGGGCCGGGGGGGGCGUGCACGGCGCCGCCUCCAACUGCGGCAGGUUGCCCGAGUACACGGGGGACACGAGGCGGAACCACGGCCGCGGGACGCGGUGA